ACAUCAAUUCCUGUCUGUGGAUGUCAUUCACGUGCACCUGCUGAGAGGCAACAGUCGCUUGUCUCAGAAGUUUUGCACACUAUAAGUCGCACAGAGAUUAGUGUGGGUCUGAGGAAAGACAUCAUGCUUAAAAAAAGCGUUUCUCAUUGCCCGUGCUUUCCACGUGCUACAUGGGUUCCGCCGGAUGGACUGGGAUACUUCCUCGUGCGGUUCAUGUCUCAGUGAGUGUCAUAGCUGAUGGCUCAUUUGAUGAACUGUUUCAAAGCGAAUCGCUUGCGAUGGAGUUCAUCGAGACAGCCCUGAACGGGGCCACAUUGAAGUACGCAAGUGGUUUCAGGCAUGCUUUCAUCAGGCUAAUACCAGGACAAACUUCUGGGAUUGGGCCAGGAAGCGAAUCAACAUUCAUGAAGUUGCGAAGCGAUGGCAACAUCGACAGUGAAGAAUCUCUAAGAAUUUUCGCACGUUAUGCAGCUCACACACAUAGUCUGGAGGAAGCAAAACUUCAAGCCAAAGCGGUCACAAAGGAUGUGCUUCUUCUUGUAACUGCGAGGAAGAUAUGCAAAUCGGGGAAGGAAGAUGGCUACUGCGAGGUUGUGAAAGGUUCAGCAGUGCCUCGUAGUCUGUGCACAGGGAAGAGUGCUGCAAUCGUAACGCUUAACAGGGAUAUCCAAGAAGCCACAGAUCGUAUUGCAACAUACAUUGCAAAAGUAAUGGGUGCAGGUGUACGAGAAACACAUGGGUGCACUUCGGAAGUAGAUGGCAUCUUCAACGAUCUCGCCGAAGAAGAUAUGAUUGCCUAUUUUCAAACUCUUGACAGAUCUUGCUUUUCUCAUCAAAAUCCAAGUUAUUUCCUUACGCCGGGAUCGAGAUUUCAUGAAGACAGCUUCUGUCGCUCUAAAUCAUCAGCGAGGCCAGGAAUCAAGUUUUGCGGGAAUGAUACCCAAAUAAAUCUGUGCCUGGUACAUUGUUGUUCACCAGGUGACCUCUUGAGUGCAGUGUACCCCGCUCCAGAUGGGACUGCGUGCGAUUGGUUAAGGCAUGAAGCGACACUUUCGGGGUCCGCUACUUGGACGAACUCGUUCUCUUUUCUGGAGGCCAAACGAUGUUACAGAGGUACUUGCAGUGCAAGAGCAUCGGACUUGCAAGGAAUACUCCGCACCCAGCAGAAAGAUUUUCCCUCCAGAAGUCCUGGACAUAUAGGCUUUUCUUGAACACUUGCAAUGCGGCCUUUCAAUUUCUUUUCACAAUUUACGAUCUGAAUCACUCGAAAUGAAAACCUGCGUGCUUCU